CUAUAUCAUUUCACGGCUCUAAUAAAUCAGUUGGAACUUAGACGCUUGCAAACGUAGCUUCAAUGGCGACCAUAUUUCUCUCUCCUAUCUUCACAAAUAUACCAGUCACCUCUGAAAAUCGCGAAAUGGGUAUUGCCUCAAAUGGCCUCUCUCAAUCCUCUUUCCUUCUGGGUAUAAAACCCUUUUCUCAUUCAACCCUUUUCUCCUCUUCAAUCCAAGCAAAACCCACGCUUAAUCGGAGGUUGUUCAAGUCACCUUGUGCCCAGAAAUCUUCAUUUGAUCACAUUCCCAAGCAGUUUAGGCAAGAUAAUCUCAAAGAUGGCUUGAUGGAUAAUUUCAAAAAUGUCCCUCAGUAUCUUUACGGCCUCAAUCCUUCACAAAUGGACAUGUUCAUGACAGAGGAUAAUCCAGUCCGCCGACAGUCAGAGAAAGUAACGGAGCAAAGUAUCUCAUCUGCGAGCAACUAUUUAGAUAAUGGUGGGAUGUGGAGUGCUAGAGGUAUGGAUGAUAGGGGUCCAUCAAAAUACAGUAUGAGCAUUAGCAUGUAUCGUAGUGGAGCUAAAGGAUAUGGAAGACCAAGAACUGCUCCACCUGAUCUUCCUUCCUUGCUUUUGGAUGCAAGGAUUGUUUAUCUUGGCAUGCCAAUUGUGCCUGCAGUUACUGAGCUUAUUAUUGCUCAGUUUAUGUGGUUGGACUAUGACAACCCCUCAAAGCCUAUAUAUCUGUACAUCAACUCAUCUGGAACGCAGAAUGAGAAGAUGGAAACUGUCGGUUCUGAGACAGAAGCAUAUGCCAUAGCCGACACCAUGGCCUAUUGCAAAUCAGAUGUCUACACUGUGAACUGUGGCAUGGCAUAUGGUCAAGCAGCUAUGCUUCUAUCACUUGGAACAAAGGGUUACCGUGCUCUGCAGCCGAACUCAUCAACAAAAUUAUAUCUGCCUAAAGUCAACAGAUCUAGUGGAGCAGUGAUCGAUAUGUGGAUCAAGGCAAAAGAACUGGAUGCAAAUACGGAAUAUUGUCUUGAACUCUUAGCCAAAGGCAUUGGCAAACCAAAAGAAGAGAUCGAGAAAGAUAUUCAACGCCCCAAGUACUUCCAGGCACAGGAAGCCAUUGAUUAUGGCAUUGCUGACAAGAUGAUUGAUUCGAGGGAUUCUGCAUUUGAAAAACGGGAUUAUGAUGAGAUACUUGCCCAAUCAAGGGCCAUGAGGAGAGGAGGACCUGGACAAGCAGCAGCAGCACCCUCCGGCUUUAGGUGAUGAGUGUGAAUUGGGUGUUAUGGUUCCUGUGAGCUGUUGUUUUUGAAGCACUUGCUAUAACUGUUUACCAUAUACAAACUGGUAGUCCUUGAAUGCUUCAGCACACCCUUUCAACUUGCAGGUUAUUUUGUACUAAUAUACAGGGGCCAGGGGGGUAAUGGAACUAAGAUGCUAACCUCAGUUGUUGAAAUUUUUUGUAAUGAUAUUGUAAGUGCCCAUUAAUCAAGAAAAAGCAUACGUGUCUAUAAGUUUUCUAUACAA